AUGUCCACAUGUCCAGAAGUAACAAAAGUAUAUAAGCCGCCUGUUAAAGCACUGGCUGCAUUUCUUGCAUUUUAUUUUCCUUAUUGCUUAAGCCUAUUCAGCGAGAUGUGGCAAAACCGAGGUGGAAACGACUCCUGGCAAAACAGGAGCGGGAAUGAUUCUUGGAACAGAAGCGGGAAUGAUUCUUGGAACAGAAGCGGGAAUGACUCAACUCUGAACAACAGCUCUUCGAGCUCUGACGCAUCAACCGCUCUAUCGCUAACGAAUCCACCAAUUCAACGCCUACGUCUGGACAACAGUCUUUGGGAGAGAUCAACUAAUAGUGGAUGGAACACGUCCUCGAACGAUUCAUCUGGCCUGUGGACUUCAUCGAACACGACCUCCGAAGCGCCUCGUGGCCGGGCCACCUCAACCCCUAUCAGGGGACACGAUGACGUCAGGGUCAGCUUCGGACCCGGACUGUCCCCCAUCCGUUCUCGCUCGGAUGAAUCCUGGAGAUCGACCACACAUACAGAAAGUACACAAAACAUUAGUUUCACAUCAUCCGACUUAGUAGAAAACAAAUGGAUGAACCGAUUUCAAGCAAUGAUUUGUCCGAGCGGACAGCGUAGACACUGACGAUUGAUACCGUAGUCUACUCAUUUUUAUUUGUAUUUGUAUUUGUUCACGAUAUCAAUAAAUCAGAUUUUUGCGA